AUGGAGGGGAAGAGAGAGAAGGGAGUGGGGAGAGAGAAUGGCUGGUGGUCUGGUCUGCGGAAGAAAAGACGUGAGGUUGGAAAAUCUGUGGAAGGUUUCUUGGAGCCAAAGCUGCCGCAGGGCCGAGGUGGUUUCCAGAAAACCAAGUGGACACGGUUGACGAAAGGGUUGGGGAAGUUGAAGAAUGCGCCGGUUACAGCCAUCCAUGUUGUGAAGCCGGUCUACGGUGCUACGACAAUACAAGGCCAAACCAUACUAGAGAGCUCUUUUCUCUUCGAACAUUCCCGAAUAUUGGCCCGCAUUCCGUAUCCUACGAUGACAUUGUCCCUCGCAAACUUUGCUUCUCCCGCACAAACGCGCGAACUCGUCAGGAGAAUAUUAGCGAUCGAACCGCCAAGAGAAACCACAUGA